AUGACUCGUCCGGAUACAAGUACAGAGAUUUACGAUGCCGGAAUCUCGACUGGUCGACUCGUGUUAAAAUUUGUCGAAGGAUACGUUGAAGAUCACUUGAAUAGCAGUUUUGUGGACGGCUUCCUGGAUGUUGACACAUUCUACGGAAUAGUCUACUUAGAAAACAAUCUAUACCACAUUGAAAAGAUGAACAAAUUUCCAGAGCUGCGCAAAGCUAAAGAUGGUGAAUCGCUUAUUUACAAGCGCAAAUUUGUUGGGCUAGGCUCGUUUUAUGAUUUCAUACGCAAUAAGAAAAAGGUGCUUUCCAACAAAGGGAAUAUAUGCACUUUGCACAUAUUUAUGGACGAAUCUUUCACCAAGAAGAUCUGCAAUUCGGAUAUUAAAUAUUGCGUAAGCCUUACGGUUUCUUCUGUGAAAAGAGUUAAUUCUAUAUUUAGAAGCACUGAUUUCAAUAGUGACGGGUAUCCAGAUAAUAUCGGCUUCAGGAUCAAACGUAUCUCAUCAAACAAUACCAAGAAUGUGCCAAAAUACAACGAUAAAAUGAUCAACAGCAAAAUGUACCUUGAAAGUUUUGCAUUGCAUCCGGACUUGAAAGACGUCUGUCUGGGUAUUGCUUUCACGGCUCAAUCUUUCAAGAAUAAUGUAGUGGGUGUCAGCUAUGCUGCACUGCCAUAUAAUUUUUACGGAGGUGGCAUAUGCUCCAGAUACUAUAACGCACUUGUGAUCUCGUACUUCCACGGAAAUCGCGAAAUAGUUAGGCAAGAUUUGAACGACAUUGCCUUAGCUCACGAGCUCGGACAUAGCUUUGGAAGUUUUCACGAUAUCAAUCAAGAAUAUUACUUAAUGUCUGCCAAAUCCACGGGGGUGUUGAAGCCGACGAGCUUCACAUUUUCGAAACGUUCCAGAGACAACAUGUACAGCGAAUAG